GUUUAGCCUCUGGCAGACUCUCCAAGACCUUUACGAUUCACGAGCACACUGGUGGGAAAUGGUGAAGGGUAGGACCAAGACUUUUUUUAAGAUGAAAGUCCCCCCAGGAGCUUUCUUUUAGGUGUGGAGAGAGCGGUGUUUUAUUUCAUGUGGGGGUCCAAGUGGGAAAGACUCAGAAGGGAGGUCCUGAAAAAAAGACACGAAAAUGGAGGAAAGGGCCUCCCGGACCCCCACCUGUUUUUAGGAGCCCAUUUCACCGCCCUCCACAUCAAGUAUGCGACGACCCCAUCCGGAGACAGUAAGACAGCGACCCUAGCCCGCUUCUGGAUGGGGUCGUACCUGAGAAAGCUGAAAGUUUUAAAAACAGAUCUUAAACGUCCAGUUGCUUUUAACCUGCCCCCACAAUAUGUUUUUAUCAAAAAGUUUUUAAUGAGAUUGGACUUAGAGGGGCAGGAUGUCACUAUUUUAACUAAUGCAAAAACUCUUGUCUCUCUUGUGCAGGACCGGGAAGCAGUGAGCCCCGUUCCCGGCCUCACACUCAGUGAGGCCAAGCAGGCUUGGAGGAACGCUGCCCACCCCGCCCUCCAGAACAAGCUGAAGGACCUGGCGUGGAUGGCGCUCCAUGAGGUCCUCCCGGUCAGAGCCGUGAUGCACUCCCGGGGCAUGGCCAAAACCAACACCUGCCCGCGGCCAGGAUGCGGCCAACCUGAGACCGUGCGGCACCUGCUCUGGGAGUGCGGCGUGGCGAGGGACCUGUGGGCCGAUACCGGCCCUCUGCAAUGCCCGAGCCUGCCAGCAGGGGAGGUCCCCCCAAGCUACCAGCUUGUGGUCAGCGGGGUGGGCCAGGGCGCCACCACCAUCCCAGCCGCCGACUUCGCCGCGCUUUGGCUCACCCUAAACAGCUUUAAAGCCGCACUGUGGACCUCCCGCAACCUGCUGGUGGGGAAGCGCGUGACGGUGCCCCUGCCAGCGUUACGGCGGCUGGCGACAUCUACGCGGCAGGAGGCGCCGCGCGUCGCCAUUCGGAGGAGGGGGCCGGGGGCUCAAGCAGAAGGUUCCCGCCCCCCACGGCUGCUGGCUCCCGCCGACGCACCCCCACUAUCACCAUCACGGGACGGAGCAGCGGGCGGAGGGGAGGACCUCCACUGGGCGCAUCCGCGCUUGCCUCGCUCUUCUGGAGAGCGGGGUGGAGCCUCUUGUUAG